CACGAGAAACUCACGACAGGUCUGAGCCAGGAGGAGGCGUAGCGUCUCUGUUCGUAGAAAUUAUGAACUCGUUGUUCGGGGAGCGAGCCACCGCGGAGCUGGUCGGCAAAUUGCGCCUCUUGACUGCUUGUGAAUUGUGCAAGAAUCCGUGCGAUGAAACCUUCUUCGCAGUGGAGUGCAGUCAUUACACCUGUAGGAAUUGCGUCCGGCAAGCAAAGAAUGAAUGCGCAAAGUGUAACGUACCGGGUGCGAUUCUUCAAGCCCACUAUUUGGAUCCGAUCAGUGAAACUCUCCUGAAACUCAAGGACAUUCUCAGCGCCGACCACAGCCCGAAGCCAACAGCCAGCAAAAGGAAAGCUGGCCAGGACAUGCUGACGCCGACGUCGAAGCUCAUCAAAAAAAAUUGCUCCUCGGAGAGAAGCGCAGCAAGCCCCAAGAGCCCGAGCAUCGACAUGAUCUUCGCGCGCAAGUCGAAGCCAUCGGGCCUUGAGACUCAGGAAAUCAAAUCUUCUCCUUCCAUCGCCGCGGGUUCCGCGGGGGACCGAAGCAAGGCUACGCCGUCAGCUGUCAAUCCAGCGAAUGAUGUCACGAUCGGGAACAUCAGCUUCUCCCAGUCCAUCAGGGACUCCCCUGUCAUCCGAACGAAUAGCAAUGAGCGGCAGAUCCCUUGCUCGUGUGGUGCGCGAGGUCCCACCGCGAGCCCGAUAACCAUCGAUUCUGGUGUUCAAGUUUCUAACAACGUUCUUACCUUGGACGUGUCGGUACAUGCGAGACCGUCUAUGGCAGAAGCACAAGUACAAACCGACGAAUCGAUGAGCGGACUCAUGAAACCUCUUCUUCAGUCCGUCGGUAUGCAAACGGAAAGGCUCCACGUACCAGUCAAGCGCUAUUUCGAGGCGGCGAUUCAGACGGAUGAUGAGCUCACGGACAAGCUAUGCCCAGAGCUCUGUUCUGAAGCAAAAUCCCUUACGAGCACGCAGGCGGUCAACGGGAAUCAGACGGUGCACGCGCAACCUAUCAGUCUCGAUAUGAGUCCAAUAAAACGAUUUGACCGACCGGAAACGGACGCCCAAACUAAGACCAUCACGAAACCCGAGAAGGACAAUGCCGAGGACACCAUGGACUUCAGUGGAGACGACUUGAACCAAGACGUCACGUCGCACACGAACGGGGACAUCACAUCUUGCUCGAAGGAAACAUCACAGAGGGACACCUUGGAUUCGUUGGACUACAGGACCAUGGAAUUGAAGAAAGCUGGCAACCGGAAGGACGAGAACAGAAUCGUGGAACGCAAACAACGCUCACCGGAGCCCGAUUCCCUGGAUUCUCUCCCGAGUGAGAUUUUCAAGGAUCUGGAGAAGGCUCAAGAACAAGUCCCGGCAAAGGAAACAAGAAGUCAGAAGGACACCUUGGAGUCAUUCUUCAGGAGCAGUGAGGAAACAAGCGUGCCCGAAACGGAACCGAACUUGAAGUUUGGAUCUCCCACGAAGGUGAUCAAGUCCAAACGGGCGGUCAUCGUAUCAGAAGCAGAUAGCCCGAUCAAACUGAUCGAGAAGAAGAAGAAAACGAUCAUCCUGAGCGACGAGGACGAAGCGUCCUGUAAAGCGCCCUCCGAAGAGCCACGGGGCAGACCCUCGAGGCCAAAAUUGUCAUCGAAGGUUAAAGAAAACAAAAUGCAGAAAAAAUCGCAAUCGAGGAUCGCGAAAGCAUUGCCAACGUUCAGCAGUGAUGAGGACGAUGUGGAUCCGCUGCCCAUGGAUACCGAAGAUUUGCGGAAUCUUGAAAAGGAAAUCGAGAACCUGGAUCGUGAAAUGGAAGACAGCAAAACUUGUGGUAAAAGCCGCUUCUGA